AGGCAGACUUGCCCACAGAACCCACCGCCUUCCCCUCGAUUUGUCCUCUUGCUCCUUCCUGCUAGGACAGCAGGGCUUCUCGUACACAUGCUGUAGCGGGCACUGCCUUGGUGAGUCCAGGGACCUCUCGGGAGAGGAGAUGGACCCUGGACAGCCCAGAAGGGCAGAGGCAGGAGGAUUUGGGGCUUCCACAUAUCCUGUUCUCAAGAUUGUAGCAUCUCAGUACUCUAGAGCCCAGUACCUGACAUCAAGGAUGUCUGGAGCUUCCUUUUAAGGAAAGAAAAGAUCAGCAAACUUGCCUGUUCCCGUUUACACUUCCACCACCAGUUCGUGAGAGUUCCUGUUCUGCAUCCUCAACACUAGUAUUAAGUGCACUGGCCUUUAGUCUGUUAAAAAGCAUACAAUGGCUACAGAUGUUCAAUUGGCUGAUUAUCCACUGAUGAGCCCCAGAUCCCUUAGAGGCGAAUGGAGAAUGGAACAGGAAACUCAGGGGCCAAGCCAGUGGAGUCCUCAGAGGGUCCGGGGGCAGCACGCCUUGCUUAGCACAUCCAGAGUUCAUCUGUACUCCAAAAGGACUCCCUUCAGCCAGGGCCACCGUGAGAAGGGCAUGCAGACAGCGAUCAGUCCAAAGGCUGAGCUGAAACUGGAGAAGAAGUCAGGGCACAAGCCAAGGAGCCCCAGGGACAGUGGGCCACAGAAAGAACUGGUGAUCCCAGGGAUUGUGGAUUUCGAGCGGAUCCGCCGGGCAUUGAGGACCCCAAAGCCCCAAACCCCUGGCACCUACUGCUUUGGACGCCUCAGUCACCACUCCUUCUUCUCCCGGCACCACCCACACCCCCAGCACGUGACCCACAUCCAAGAUCUCACCGGGAAGCCUGUCUGUGUCGUCAGGGAUUUUCCAGCCCCCUUGCCUGAGUCAACUGUCUUUUCCGGCUGUCAAAUGGGGAUACCCACCAUCUCUGUCCCCAUUGGAGACCCACAGUCUAAUCGGAACCCCCAGCUUUCUUCUGAAGCCUGGAAGAAGGAGUUGAAGGAGCUAGCUUCCCGGGUGGCCUUCCUCACCAAGGAGGAUGAACUGAAGAAGAAAGAGGAUACCACCAGUCUUAAUUGGAAUUGCAAGAGCAGGAGGCCCCAGGCACCAGGCCUCUCUGGGACAGACCUGGGGGCAGCUGAGCUGGGAAUUAAGAAGGAGCAGAAGGAGGAGCCUCUGCGGGAGCAGGGGGCAAAGUACUCAGCAGAGACUGGGAGGCUCAUCCCCGCUUCCACCCGGGCUGUCGGCCGCCGCAGAUCUCACCAGGCCCAGCCGAGUCAGUCUUCCAGCAGACAUGAAGGAGUCCAGGCCUUCCUCCUUCAGGAUCAGGAGCUGCUGGGCGGCCUCACCUCACCUGGAAUUAGGUUCUCGGGUCCUGUGGGGAGGGGGCACAGGGCAGGACUCCAGGGCUUCCACCUUUCACCUCGGGCCCCAACUCCAGCCUGCCAUAGCUACAGCCACCAGCAGCAGUCUGGCCUAGGGAGCCCCCAUAGCCCAUCCCAGACACAGCUGGAUCUUUUCCUUAUCCUAACUGACUGGAGAACGCAGGGGAAAAUGAGCCCGGAAGUAGCAAAGAUAUCAAAGACUGAGGAUGCAGCAAGGAGCCAAGCAUGCCCACAGCUCUGCAGGAGGGAGCCGGUGCUGAGCAGUUUGCAGAACCGGCCUGUGCUGCCCCUCAGGCUGCCCUCUGGGCUUCCCCCACCCCUCUUCCAACAUCCCCAGACUCCGGGACUUUUAGGGUAUGGCGUACCAUGGGGUUCCUGAAAUCCCCACACCAAGGCGCUGGGCAUGUGGGAUUUGGUGUGUCUCUGAGGAGCUGACUGGCCAGCUCGGACCUUGGCUUCCCAGUGAGGGGCCCUAGGGAAUAACCAGCCAAGCAGGCUUCAGGGAUGUGGGGUCCACAGAGCCUUUCGCUGAGGCUGUGUUCUGCCACCAACUUCCUGCUAGCAUCCCCUCUCAGGGCCUCGGAUUCUCCACCCGUCCAGCAGGAAGAUUAAGAAUCUUCCUCCCGGACUGUUGUGAGACAAAGCCCUCUGUUAAGUGCAAAGUCCAAUGUGGAGGAAAAGGCACGGACCCUUGUGGGAGCAAGUUUAGCCCAGCAG